ACGAUCAGCUGUUAGAGCUCCACAACAACAACAAAAGAAGUCGCAGUAGAGGAACCGAGGAGGAAACGGGACUGAAAAGACGAUCAACCUCACUGUGACUCCGAUGUACAGCCCGUAAAUUAAACAUUGUAUAUGUUAUUUCUUCCGCGAAGAAACCUCAAGUUUUUCUAUUUUUCGAAAAGUAACAAAUCUACCUCUGUUUUAAGGAUUUUUAAACCGUCGUUUGCUCCUCCUUCUGCCGCAGGGCUCUGUCUUUACUUUUGCACUUGUGAAAUCCUGACGUUGAGCGAUAUCCAGCAUGUCUCUCAGAUGAUCCCUGACCACACCCUAUUGAUGCACUUUAGCACCUUUCUGGAGCCUUCAACUCGUUGCAUACUCUGCAGCUGAUGACCAAAAAGACCACCCCGUCUCCCUGCCGUCGCCCAGAGCCUCCCUCAGCCUCACGCGCCUUCAGGACAUUCCGGGAUGUUCCAGAGGUUUGCUAACACUCUGUUUGGGGACGACGGGGAUGAACUGAGUCAACGCAGCCGACAGGAAGACACCGAAGAGGAGGAGGAUGAAGACUGGAUCCUAGUUAACUACCUGGCUGAAGCUUGCUCAGGUCAUUGUGGUGACAGCCUCUCUGGCUCCACUGUUAGCCCUCAUGAAGACAAUGAGGAGGAGGAGGAGGAGGAGGAGGACCUGGUAAUGAUCCCUUCUCCCAUAGCCAGCCCCGGCAUCCGCUGCCCCUCCUGCACCUCCCUCAACUCCACAGCUGACACCGAUCCGGACAGGGGCACAGAAGAUGAUGAUGACGUGGACGAUGAGGAGGGCGGUUUCCUGCGUCUGGACGCCUGCUCUCUGGAGGAGAGCUGGUUUGUCACCCCCCCACCCUGCUUCACCGGGUACGACAGCCAGCCGGUGCUCCUGAAGACCAGCCCGCUGGAGAACCUGCUGAUCGAACAUCCCAGCAUGUCUGUCUAUGCUCACCACAGCCCUCCACGACUCGCCCUCGACCCAAUACCACACCACACGCUUGACGGGGAAUUGGAUUUCCUGUCUAGCAAUACAUCUGCAAACCAAACAGUUGCAAGUGGCAAAGAGAAGACAAGACCCACGCUUGAAGGACCUCGUCAUAGAUCAGAGGUGGCAGUUGUGCAGCGCCGCUCCAGCCUGCACUCCACCUGCUAUGCUGCAGCGCUCUCCACCCACCCCGGACUCCUGCAGCAGCGGCCGGGUAACAUCACCCAACGCACUCAGUUGCUGUCCCGCAAGGCCCUGCGACGCCUCAACCUGCUGCGCCCAGUAAAGACCGGCACCCUCCACCUCCAUCUGCACCAGCCCACCCAGAGGCACCUUAACUUCUGAGGGGUCCUCAUGUCCCCUCCAGCAUCAUCAUAAUUAAUCUCAGUACAGUAUGGACAUUUUAAUACGGGCCAAUCACAAACUCCCACUUCUUUUUCUCUCUUAUUAAGAAACAAACACCAGCAAGCUGUCAGUUACAUCAUCGGUCCCAGGUGGCCCUUUUGAUCCGUUUGGAAAUCUUACUGGAUGGUGACAUAGGGAACAUGGCUGGCAUUUUUAUUCUUUUAGGUCCUGUGGCCAGUUGACACUUUCCCUCCUUUCAUUCUCAUUCUCCUCUUUAUUAAUCUUUUUUGUAAAGAAGAAGGGUCACUUUAUUCAGACACAGAUUCACAGAGUGGCAGGAUAGUCCAGUGGUGUUAUUUCAGGGACUCACAGGGUGAUGGUUGGUUGCCUGCAAAUGUAUUAGGCAACUUUGUCAAGGCAGCAGGAAAUAUUGCAGAUCCUAAAUCACUUGAAUAUGAUACAAUGCAGCAGCAGCAUGCUUCGGUUUAAUCAUUGCAGUACCGUUAGGAUACAGCUUCAAACGUCAGAAAUAGCAUGCCGUUCAAAGAGUUUGGGUACAGGAAAACAAAUCCUUAAAGGGGCAUUUCCACUCAUUUUAUCUAACACUAUUAUAAUCAGCAACAUGUUUGUUUUUCUUUUACAGGGAUGUAGGAUGCAUUUCAUCACUGAAAUGUUAGAGUAAAACAGUUUGAACUCAUAUUUGAAAUUUUCUUGAAGUGCAAUACUAAAUUACUGUGUCUUUAAAGAUUUACUACUAUAUCAUUUUUUCCAUGUGUAAAGAUGUAUCAAUCUGAAUUUUGUGGCAGAUGUUUGGGUUUUGUUGACCUGUCAAUACCAAUUUCUCUUCCAAGUACUAUGAUCAUUUAUUCUGGGUAAUAUUAGGAGCAAAGGUGAUGUCAUAUCGUAUGCGUGAAAGAGCAGCCACUGUAAAAAAAUAUUUUAAAACGUUAAAACAAAGACAAAAUGAUUCUGGAGUUUUACAUUUAAUUAAAACUGUCUUUGGCAUUUUAUAACAAUGAUUAGGGUUGUUAGCUAAAACCGUUGUCUUCAUGUGUAUUCCCUAGAGAAAGUAACUCAGAGAUUUCAAACACUUUCAAAUCCAGAAUGUAAACCAACACGCAGAUAUUAUCAGCUAAAGGCUUAAAGCAGAACCUUCUUGGUAUUCUUUUUAAGUUCUGCUCUCUCCCUCUUACAGCCUGAAAGAAUUACAGGCAUUUCUCAACAUGUUUUGACAUCUAGUUUCCUUUAAAAUAGCUCCUUACAUCUCUGUGCUUCCUCUGACUCAUACUGAAAAUAGCUUAUCUUCUUCACUCAGUAGCAGCAUCCAAUCUGAAGAGUGUUGUUGUCAGUGCCCACAUGGUAGCACUGAUUGGAGAAAGAUUGGUUUUUGAGUUUCUGACCAGCCGCUCACCGUUUAGGGUGGUCACGCUAAAAAUCGGGAGGAUUUCGGUCAGCAGUCUAAUUCUUGGUGCAUCUCCAGAAUUUUGAAGAGGAUGUAGAAAAAUAAUUAAAUUUUUUGCUGGAUAAAAACUAUUUCAACAGGACUUUUAUUGUAUACUCCCCAUUAAAUAAACCUAAAGUAAAUCCAGACAUUAGGAUGUUGCAUUUACAGGUUGUUCUGUGAAACUGUAGACUGUUGUAACUGAAAACUGAGAAACAGAACAAAGAGUUUUAACAAAAUUAGCCUCAAACUCACCGCUGUGCUGUAGCCUUUUUCCUUUUUACUCUGAGUUUGUUUUUUAGAUAUUAUCAACAUUUUUACCUACUUGAUCUCAGGUUUUCUUGGUGUUCUUAUUUGCUCAUUCUGCAGACACUCUGGUUGCAAUGCAAGUAUCUCAUUUAAUUGUGCAAGAGCCUUUUUUGAGGGAUUUGUCUCUUUAGUUUACUGCCUUUGAAAUCUUUAGCACCACUAUUUUUGCUCAGUUCAGGGCUUCCUACUGUGCCAACCGAACCUGCUUCUGACUUUCAAUUUAGUACUUUUCAGCAUAUUUGUUGGAAGAAAAAGUAAAUAAAAGCAGUUAAAAUGACUGGCUUGAAUAUCACUAAAUGCCUUGUUGUAAUGGUAGCUUUGAGAUGAAUAGAAAUGUAAAAACACGCAUGUAAAAAACAUUAUAUACUUCCAAAUUAGUCCUUUAAAAAGAAAAAAACUAAUUACAUAUCAGUAUGAAGUUGUAUGCAUCAAUGGAUUCUUGCUUUGGUAUGUUUGGUAAUGAGUGUGGUGUCUGUUGCAUGGUCGUAAUGUUGUGUUAGUAUCAUGAUGUUGGAAAAGAAGAGACGAUAAUGGACAAGGACUUGUUUUUCUUCUUGUUAGUUCUGAAAUAAAUCUGCAGUCCACUUCUCAGGGUCACAACCAAUCACCUUUUACACUUUAGGAAAAUGCAGAUUUACUUGACGGCUGAUUAUUCUUCUAACAUGCUCUGACUUUUUCUCCUGUCUGAAAUGUGUGUGAGUAGUUAUUUGCCUAUUAGGUUAGUGUCUCAAAAGCUUCUUUCAGUCCUGGGUUUGUGAAAACAAACCUUUUGAGAAUCUAUCAAGACGGAGACACAGAGAAAGUGUCUUUUUAGAGAUGUUAAUAUUUUCUUCAAGUACACCUGACCUGGUUUUAGAAAUGUACUUAGUGUCUGUUCAAUUGUUCUAAUUUCUACGCUACAAUAGUUACAUUUUGUUUAACUGAUAUUUAAACCAAAAGAAAGUAGUGGCAAUCUGUAGUCUUUCACUACUGUUUAAUACUUGUGUUCUCUUUAUCAUUAUAGAAAUGUUUGGUAAAUGCCCUUGGCUUAAACAGCAGACAGUUUUAUGUUUUAAUGUGUUGCUGUGAGGAAAGCUGAGACCAGACUGAGUUCCCACACUGCAGAAAGAAACAUUUUUUUUAGGAACUAAAAUAUUGAAAGGCUUUUGCAGCCAAAAAUGUAACUUAAAGCUGUUUAUCCUGAAAACUAAGUUAAAAAGAAAGAAAAUGUCACGUUUCUAACUCAAUAUGUUAGAAUCUUUAUGUUUAAAAUUGUGUAAAUGUUUUUUUCUCUUUUAUUCUUCUAAAUAGAAAACGUAUUUUAACUUUGCAUCUUAUAGUUUUUACAAACCUUUGUUUUUUGCAUCUUCUGGAACAGUCUUGAUGCAGAUCAAUGCCUCAAAUUUUAAACUGUACUGAACAUUUUUUUUGAAUGUUGUUCAGAUUCAGUUUCUCAUACAAAUCUUUUUGGAGAGUGGUGAAGAAUCUCUGGUUGUUCUGAUAGGAUUGUAGCAACAUUUGUUGAGUGAAUCUAUGGUUUGAUGUAAAUAUUAUAAUGGUGGACUUUGCCUUUAGUCUA